AUGGAUAGAGUGGAGAUCCCUUCAUACUUCCUCUGCCCGAUUUCUCUCCAAAUUAUGAGAGAUCCAGUGAUUGUAUCCACUGGAAUAACCUAUGAUAGGGAGAACAUGGAGAAAUGGAUUUACAUUUACAAGAAGAAAACAUGUCCUAUGACAAACCUUGCCAUGGAUCCAGACCUCACUCCAAACCACACGCUGCGCUGCCUAAUCAAAUCUUGGUGCAUCAUCCAUGCAUCUAACGGUGUGGAAUGCGUUCCCUCUCCUCGCCCACCAAUCCCCAAUGAAGAAAUACUCCAUCUCUUGUCAGUGUCACGAGGGUUCAAGAUAGAACCAUUAUCAAAAUUGAAGGUUCUUGCUAUGGAUAGCGAGAUAAUGCGCCGACGCCUAGAGGCAGCUGGUGCAGUUAAAACCAUGGUUGGCCUCGUCCUGGACAAACAGGCACGAGAGGUCCAUAAUUCAAUGGUUCUUGAAGAAGCUCUAUGCAUACUUCACCUUCUCCAAAUAACUGAAGAUGAAGUUAAGCACUUCACAGCAAAUGGUUAUGAUGGACUCAUUGAAUCCUUGGCAUGGGUCUUCCAUAAUGGAAGUAAUCAAUCAAAACUUUGUGCGUCCUUGAUUUCAAGGACUAUCUUCAAGAUGGUUGAAGUGGGUGUUCUCAUGGGAUUGAAGGAUGAACUCUUCCGUGGCAUGGUCCAUGUCUUGGUUAAUCGAAUGUCCAACCUUGGAACCAAGGCUGUAUUGCAUGCACUAAUGGAGGUUUGUACGUGGGGCAGGAAUGGAGUCAAGGCAUGCAAAGCUGGCUUGGUCCCUGCUCUUGUUGAGUUCUUGAUAGAGACUUUGGAGGAGAAGAGUUGUGAGUUGUUACUUGGGGUGUUAGAUUUGCUGUGUGGGAUUUCUGAGGGUCGCUCCGAGUUGCUUAAACACAGGGCCGGCUUGGCAGUGGUUUCGAAGAAAAUUUUAAGGGUUUCACCGGUGGCAGAUGAGCAUGCCGUGAAUAUAUUGUGGUCCAUAUGUAAAUAUUGUGAUUGUGAGGAGGUUAGCAGGGAGAUGUUGCAAGUAGGGGCAGUUGCUAAGCUUUGCAUAGUGGUGAAUUUUGAGGGUGAUAGUAAAGCAAAGAGGAGAGCUAGAAAGGUACUUGUGUUGAAGUCCAGGGAGUGGAAGUACUCAUCUUGUGUUCCAGGGCAUUUGCUUUCUAGAUACCCUUAA